GACUGGAAGCGGGGCUGUUGGGUUGCUCAAGGUGCUGAAGUCCAGGGUACUGCGGUAUCGGGGUACCUGGGGCCGUGGGGUGCCGGGGACUGGGAGGCGGGUGCAUUGGGGUGCCCAGGGUGCCGGGGAGCUGGAGGGAUGUUGGUGCCGAGGUCCUGGGGGUGAGAGUACCGAGCUGCUGGGGCGCCGGGACGUCGGGUAUCGGGGUGCUCAGGAGACGGGGGUGCCGCGGUGCCAGGACCCCCAGGAGCUGGGGUGCCCUCGGUCAGCGCCCUCCGCCCCGCAGCGCCCGAUGCCCGUCCCCGCCCGGCGCCAUGGCCGAGGGCAAGAUCGCAGGGCUGUACGACCUGGAGCGCACGCUGGGCAAGGGCCACUUCGCCGUGGUGAAGCUGGCGCGGCACGUCUUCACCGGGCAGCGCGUGGCCGUCAAGGUGAUCGACAAGAGCAAGCUGGCGGGGGAGGCGGCGGGGCAGCUGCUGCAGGAGGUGCGCUGCAUGAAGCUGGUGCAGCACCCCAACGUCGUGCGCCUCUACGAGGUCAUCGACACCCACGCCAAGCUCUACCUCAUCCUGGAGCUGGGUGACGGCGGCGACAUGUUCGACCACAUCAUGCGGCACGAGGGCGGCCUGGCCGAGCCCCGCGCCAAGCACUACUUCGCCCAGAUCGUCCACGCCAUCUCCUACUGCCACAAGCUGCACGUGGUGCACCGCGACCUCAAGCCCGAGAACGUCGUCUUCUUCCAGGAGCAGGGGUUGGUCAAGCUGACGGACUUUGGCUUCAGCAACCGCUUCCAGCCCGGCAAGAUGCUCACCACCAGCUGUGGCUCGCUGGCGUACUCGGCGCCAGAGAUCCUGCUUGGGGACGAGUACGACGCUCCGGCCGUGGACAUCUGGAGCCUGGGGGUCAUCCUCUACAUGCUGGUGUGCGGGCAGCCGCCCUUCCAGGAGGCCAACGACAGCGAGACGCUCACCAUGAUCAUGGACUGCCGCUACACCGUGCCCCCCCACGUGUCCGCGCAGUGCUCCGACCUCAUCUCCAGGAUGCUGCAGCGGGACCCCCGGCAGCGAGCCUCCCUGGAGCAGAUCGAGAGUCACGCGUGGCUGCAGGGGGUGGACCCGUCCCCCGCCAGCCGCUGCCUGCUGCCCCUCACCUCGCACAAGCGCGUGUCCCAGGAGGAGCACGAGAUCAUCAUCCAGGCCAUGACGUGCGGGCACAUCGCCGACCGCGAAACCAUCCAGGAGGCGCUGGAGGCCGACCGCUACAACCACAUCACGGCCACCUACUUCCUGCUGGCCGAGAGGAUGCUGCGGGAGAAGCAGGAGGAGCAGGGCCGGCGUCAGAGCCUCCUCUACGACCUGGCCAAGCAGGUGCAGAGCAGGACCGGGCUCCCGGACACGCUGGGCCCCGGGGAUGGCGCCGGGAGCCGUCAGCCCUUAGCGGAGGCGCCCGGCAGCUCCCAGCGGCCAUCCCUGCCCGACGGAGGGGACGGCGGCCGCUGCCGCCAGCCCGCGCGGGUGCUGCUGAAGGCGCCCACCAUCGACACGACCAUCACCAAGAGCACCCCGGCCCUGCAGCAAAUCUGCGAGGAGGAAGAGGAGGAGGAGGAAGAGGAGUGCAGGCCCGGCGUGAUGGAGAGGAAGAGCAGCUCGCUGAACCAGGAGCAGAUGCGAGAUUUCCUCCGCUCCGGGGCCCGCCGGCCGCCGUGCCGCGGGGAGGUGCUGGGCUGGGGGGCCGAGCCGGGGGGCCGGGCCGGGCACGUGGGUGCCGGCGGAGCACGAGGCCCCGCGGAGCCGCGGGGGGACAGGAGGGGCAGCGCGGGGGCCCCUGAGGGCAGGGAGGGCUCGGGGCGCCCCGGGGAAACGGGGCCCGUCCCCGCACCCCCCCCGGAGCCAAAGGAGAAACGGCCGGGGCCGGGGGCCCCCAGCAGCCCCCGCAGGCGGGCGGAGACGGGGGCGGGGGGCAACGAGGGGGAAGCGGAGAACGUGAUCAAGCUGGACCCGGGUAAGGGCAAGAGCGGCAGCCUGAGGGAGCGGCUGAUGCAGUUCCCGCUGUGCGAGAAAGCCCUGGCCUUCAAGAUCCACCCCAGCCCCAAGGAGAGCCUGCUGUCCCUGGGCCAGUUCAACUGCUGCCAUGUCAUCUAGCGCCGGGCCGCCCCCCCCCGCACCCCCCCCGGGUUGAGGGGCGGCCGGGCAUUUUUUAACGACUAGAAAUGAUUUUUUUAAAUAGUCUAUUUUAAUGUAACGACAUAGAGACGCCUAUAUCCCCCUGCCUGAGCUCCCAGAGGCCCCACGCGUCCCCAGCCUGUACUGUACCCCCCCCCCCAGCCCCCCGAAAACGCACUUCCUAUUUAUUACCUCUUUGUUUUCUUGCUGGCAAGAAAUGAAUGCACGAGGCGGGGGCCGGCGCUCGGCCCGGGCUGCGGUGCACGGAGUGGAUGGGAGCCGCCGGGAAGCAAAGUUCGUCGGUGCAAUAAAACCGCGCUUGGGUUUGA